AUGGGAUGCGGUGCGGUGGGCAGAGUCUGCAAGGUCAGCUCGGCCAAAGCGCUGUCCUUCCUCAGCACGCUCCUGAUCUUCACCUACGCCUUCUACUGCCUGGCUCCGAGGACUUUUGACGAUGAGCGCCGAAUCCUCCCGGUGUCUCCGGUGUCGGCGUCCGAGUCCGAGUCCGAGCGGCUUCCCGGAGCGGAGAACGGAAGCGCCUCGGCGGCGGCGGCGGCGGCCGUGCAACCUCGCAGCCUUCUGGAGGACAGCCGUCCGCCGGCGUCCGACGCUUCCGGUAGCAAACGCUUCCCGCAGGCCAUCAUCAUCGGCGUGAAGAAGGGAGGGACCCGCGCCUUGCUCGAGUUCCUCCGGAUCCACCCGGACGUCAGAGCCGUGGGAGCAGAACCGCACUUCUUCGACAGGUUCUACGACAAAGGACUCGAGUGGUACAGGAACUUGAUGCCUCGGACCCUGGACGGUCAGACCACCGUGGAGAAGACCCCGAGUUACUUUGUCACGAAGGAGGCUCCGAGUCGGGUCCGCUCUCUGAACCGGCGAACCGAACUGAUCGUGGUGGUCCGCGAUCCCGUCACCCGGGCCGUGUCUGACUACGCGCAGACUCUUUCCAAGGACCCCGGCCUCCCCUCGUUCCAGAGUCUAGCGCUGAGGAACGCCUCGACGGGCCCGGUCGACACGUCGUGGAGCGCCGUCCGCAUCGGCCUUUACGCCCGGCACCUGGAGAACUGGCUCCGCUACUUCCCCUUGUCGCAAUUUCUCUUUGUCUGCGGGGAGCGAUUAGUGUCCGAUCCCGCCGGGGAGAUGGGACGUGUUCAGGACUUCCUGGGCCUGAAGAGGGCGGUUUCCGAAAAGCACUUUUACUUCAAUCGGACCAAAGGAUUCCCCUGCUUGAAGAAACCCGAGGGGAGCGGCAGACCCCGCUGUUUGGGCAAGUCCAAGGGAAGACCGCACCCUCGCAUUCCUCAAGAGGUUCUGCAAAAACUGCGAGACUUCUACAAACCUUACAACCGACGCUUCUAUCAGAUGAGCGGGCGAGACUUCGGAUGGGACUGA